AUGGAGUCAUUGCUGGCAGCUGUGGCUGCCGGGGUGGAGCCGUUCCCGUCGGUGGACAAAUGCGACGCGUCGGGACGCGGCUCGCACGCCGUGGCAGCCGACCUCGACGGGACGCUGCUGCGGUCUCGCAGCCCGUUCCCCUACUACGCGCUGGUGGCGUUCGAGACCGGCGGGUGGCCGCGGCUCCUGCUCCUGCUUCUCCUCGCGCCGUUAGCCACCCUGCUGGGGAUCGCCGUAUCGGAGGCUGCGGCUGUCCGAGUGCUCGUUUUCGCGGCCACGGCGGGAGCGCGGGUGUCGUCGAUCGAGUCCGCGGCGCAGGCCGUGCUGCCGCGGUUCUACGCCGCGGACGUGCACCCGGGCGCGUGGCGGGUGUUCUCGGCGUGUUCCAGGCGCCGCGUCGUGCUCACCUCCACGCCGCGGAUCAUGGCGGAGCCGUUCCUGAGGGAGUGCCUCGGAGCCGACGCCGUGGCAGGCACCGAGCUCGCCACGUGGCGCGGCCGCGCCACUGGGAUGGUGCAGACGCGCCGAGGCGUGCUCGUCGGGCGACGCAAGGCCGAGGCGCUGCAUGAGAUAUUUGGCGAGGAUGGCGACGUGCCGGACGUCGGCCUCGGCGACCGCCGGUCCGAUUACCCCUUCAUGUGCCAAUGCAAGGAAGCGUACAUCGUACCGUCGGCGCCGGUGGAGGCCGUUAGCAUGGACCAGCUGCGGAGGCAGGUCAUCUUCCACGACGGCCGCCUGGCGCUCCGCCCGACGCCGCUGGCCGCGCUGCUGACCGUGCUGUGGUGCCCGGCGGGCUUCGUCCUCGCGUGCCUCCGCAUCGCCGCGGGGGCGCUGCUGCCCAUGCCCUGGGUCUACUACGCGUUCUGGGCGCUCGGCGUGCGCGUCGUGGUCAAGGGCAGCCCGCCCCCGCGCGCCGGGAGCACGGCGGGCCGCACUGGGGUGCUCUUCGCCUGCUCGCACCGCACGCUGCUGGACCCCAUUUUCCUCUCGGCGGCGCUCGGCCGGCCCGUGGCGGCCGUCACCUACUCACUGUCAAGGCUGUCUGAGAUACUCUCGCCGAUCCGGACCGUACGCCUGAGCCGUAACCGCGUCACCGACGCCGCCAUGAUCACGAGGCUCCUGCAGGAGGGUGACCUCGCCAUCUGCCCCGAGGGGACGACGUCCCGAGAGCCGUUCCUGCUCCGGUUCUCGGCGCUCUUCGCGGAGCUCACCGACGAGGUGGUCCCUGUGGCGAUGGAGAGCCGGAUGGGCAUGUUCCACGGCACCACGGCGAGGGGGUGGAAGGGGAUGGACCCCUUCUACUUCUUCAUGAACCCCAGCCCGGUGUACACCGUCACGUUCCUGAGCAAGCUGCCGUCGGAGCUCACCUGCAGCAGCGGCGGCAGGCCCAGCCACGAGGUGGCCAACUACAUCCAGAGGCUCAUCGCUGCCACGCUCUCCUACCAGUGCACCAGCCUCACCAGGAAGGACAAGUACCGGGCCCUCGCCGGCAACGACGGCAUCGUGGACGUCAAGCCGAUGAACAAGAGUGGAAGGAGAGUUCCCUUCAAAAAAAAGGAAGUGGAAGGAGAGUUGGAGUGA